CUCCGGCCUGGGGAAAGGGGCCGCUGCCCGGAACCGGGUCCGACUGCAGCCUCAGUGGGGAGGUGGGAGCCGUCAGGCCCCCCGUGCAGGGUUGGGCUGCAGCCUGGGCCGCUCGCUGCAGGGCUCUGUUCGCCCCUGGGGCACGUCGAGAGACUUUGGCCCGGCGGGCUGGGAAGAGACUGGUGUGCGCUGGAGCUGAGCGCUGCCGGGCCCUGCGCCCGCCCUCCUGCGUGGGCUGCCCACUGGGCCCCGCGCUCUUUUGCCAGGGUGGGAAUGAGGCGGUGGGGCUCGGCCUGGAGCUGGAGGGAGGGAGCUCGAGGACACCCUGGGAAUGGGAAAUGCCCCUUCCCCUCCGCCGCUGGCUCGGGCUAGUUCGUCAAGUUGAGGCUCCUCGCGUCUGCGGGAUAACUGCAGGCUGGUCGGGCAAGUCGCGUGUUUCUGUUCGCAAGGUUGAAAAUGGUCAGUUGCAACGAGAGGAGCGUCAUGCAGACUGCCAGGAGCUGCUGAGAAGUGCAGGGAGGCUCGUGUGCUAGGAGGAACAGCUCUACUACCCUCCCUGGCUGUGCGGGAAAUGCCAGAGAAUUUCUUUAAAUGCUGCUGUUCCUGAAGGCAAAGCCCUUCUGCCUGUCCCAUCUUCACAUUUGCCCGAGGGUAUCAUCAUGAAACCUCUCUUCUUAUUUUAAAUGAAGGUGAACUUAGUUGUGACAACGUUAAAAGGUUGCUUAUCAGCUCUGGCACAAAUGUUUUAAUUUCUUUAUUUUUGUGUUUUAUAAGACCUUUACCAUUGGGUCAAACUUGUGGGGAACAAAUACUGCAGAGGUUGUCAGGCUAGCUUCUGCCUCACGCAAAUUAAAAAUUAAAAUAAAAAAUUCCUGGGCAAAAUUCUCUCCUGAGAACUCAAGCCAACAGGGAAUUUUCCUUUCACUGUUCAAGGAGGCUGUAUUACUUCCUGGAGAAUGUUAUGAAAGCAAAAUAAUGUAGGAGCCUAGACUUCCCACUAACAUACUUGGAGAAUGACAGAUCAAAUUCCUUGGUUUCUUUACUGUGUAUUCAGUUUAUCUUUUUUCAAUUUGGUUUGAAAGAAACCAGGUUUAGCACAGUUGUGUUGUGUUAGUGACUGUAAUUAAAGUUGUCAGCGUUUUCUUUUAUUAGCAAAUUUUUCACAGUGGCUAAAAUGUAGUCAGUAGCUCUGGCAUGAGGGUUUAUUUAGAUUUAAAAAUCUAAUUUUUAAGAGAUGAUUUUGUUCUACCAUUUUUAUUACAACACACCAAUGUGGGGAAGUAAGAGGGCCUUACACUUCCUGUCCACAGUCAGCAGUGACUUUUAGCCAGCAUGUAGAACAGAAGCAUUUAUUAGUUGACAGGGACACAGCAUAGAACUUAAUUUGUCAGCACAAAAAACUUUCAGUAAAAUCCAUCUUGGUGUAAGAGGAGCCAGAGCUCUAAUCCCUCACCUGCCCCUGUGCCCGCAAGUCAGCCAAGAUCUACUUCCAACUCUCUGGGUCAGCCCCUCCCAGGCUCCUAUAGCUUCUGUCCUGCUUCCCAGGCAAAAAAGUGUCACUGAUAGAAAGGUAACAUAUUUUCUAAACUUAGUCUAAAAUUACUUCAUUAGGUUGUAAAGCAAAACAGUAGCUUAAUGGCCUAAUUAGAACUAUUUCUACUGUAUAUUUGAGAGGGUCUGUCUAUGUGUCUAAGAGCUUCUCCUAAACUAUAAGAACCAGGACCACCAAAUUUGGUAUGCAGAUUCCUCUUAUAACUUAAAAGCAAGGUAGGGGUUUGGUUGUGCCAGGACAAUGGGAUGUGCCUAGAAUGGAAAGUAGCAGGGACACUUACAAUUUAUAAUGACCACCGCGGGGCAGCAAGGGGCCAGAUAUGGGGACUGGAACAGCUAUAAUUCCAUUGGAGAAAGGGACAACUAUCUACUAUUUAUUCAAUGGAGUUUCUCCAUUUGUGUCUCUACCUGUCCCCCUGCUGGGGGAGAUACAUCUCUCCCCCAGCUGUGCCUGCUGCAACUGUAGCGGCCAUGCACAGGCAAUUCUCAUCUGGCCUUAAGCUGCUGUGGUGAGAGAGGGCUGGAGUUGCCCCCUUCUGUUGCCACCUGCCUUUUUGCUGUUGUGAGGGGUGAGGUCACAGAAGACUUCUUGGGUGCUUCCCAGGAUGCUGACAAGGCCACUGCCACUUGUCUUCCUGCUCUCUGGGGUGUCUUGCUACCUGUCUUGCGGGCCAGCCCCCUGGUCUCCCCCAGUUAAGGCACAGAGCUGAGAUCACUUCCCCACCCCCCACCCCGAGGAGCAGUACAGAUACUGAAACUCUUCAGGUCCAAGGAAAAUGCAUUUUUGGCCCCAGCUUCCUAGGAUACCACUCUCCAAAUGGAAUCAGAACCCAAAAUGAAUAACUGGGGUAAGCCCCCUUUAACAGUGAAAGGACGAUGUACACACUGAUUGUUCCCCCAGGUAACAAUUAUUUACACUGGGCUUGAUAGUAAAUAAAAGUGAUUUUAGUAAGUACAGGCAGUAGGAUGUAAGUGGUUAUAAGAGAGAACAGGCAGAGCAAAGAAGAUUACAAGCUUAAAAUAACAGAAAAUGCUUAGCUAAUUCGAACACUAAAAUCUCAGUAUACAUUUAUUACAAACUCAUCCUAAAAUUGUUGUUAUUCCAGCUAAGUCUCCAAACCAGGGAAAUCUCCUUUACCCUGGGGUUUCUUGUUCACUUUCUUGGGUGUGAAAAAAACCCUGCUAAGCUCUCAAUUGUUUUAUAGAUUCCCUUUACAUGGGAAGUUACCUGGCAAUUCUCUACUAGGUAAAGAGGUCAUGUGACUUCCUAAGACCACGGACUGCUAAGAUUUAGAGGACAAAGGAGAUUGUUUAGAUAUGAUUGUCCAGACACUGAGGCAUCCCAACAUUGGAAACACCCUUGAUGACUUUCUUUUGCACAUCUAAAACUAUAAAGCAUUCCAUACUCCACUUGUCUGAUUUUAUACACAGGAAUGAUACAUACCCCAAAAUAAGAUAUAUAGGUCCACUGGAAUAUGACAUAAAGAUUGAUAGGUUACAUGAGAUAAUUUGUCCAAAACUUCUUUGAGUUAGGCAUAUCUAUGUCCAUAAAUCCAUUUCAUAAAGCUUGUGGGGGGAGGGAUGUGAGGCAUCACAGCUGUGACUUCUGCAGGUCAGUCUUUUAGGCCUUGUCUACAAUGGCAAGUUUUGUCACCAAAACCCCUUUUUAACAACAAAACCUGGAAAGCAUACACAGUGCAAAGUGGCAAAAGUCUUCGACCCCUACAAAGAGGCUUUUUCUUUUCCUCUCCCUCUAUUGUCAACAAAGAGCCAGUGUAAACUGAAGUUUGUUUUGUGGACAGAACUCACUUCCAGCAGGAUCCUACAAUGUCUUUCCUGAAUGGCUCUGCUCAGCUUUGAUACCUGCUGCCCUCCAGGCAUAUGCCCCUCUCUCCCCUUUCAAAGCUCCAAGAAGUAUCUGACAGCUUCUAAUCAGCACCAAGGAUUAUUGGGUUUUGGGAAUUGAGGAGGAAAUUGUGCAUAAUAUAUUAACUAUUCUCUGCCUAAGGACUUACAAUAUUGUUCAUUGAAUAUAUUUUUAUGGCCCAACUACAAUUUAAAAAAUUGGGAUUGAGAAUGAAAUCUCUGAAAUCUAUCUUUUUCUGGAUACAAGUCAGCAUUUGAUACUGCAGGCACAGGAUACUGAAGAACCAAAGAGGGCAGUGCAGGACGGGAAAGAACAUUGGCAGCAUGUGACCUCCAGGAGAAGAAAGUUAACUCAGGUAUCCCCAAUCCAGAUAGAGAUGACUCAGAGGUGAUACGUGCAAAAGUGUUUCAAGUUUGUUACUACAAGAUGUGCUCCACAAAUCCAGCAAACUGGGUCACUUUUGAUGAUGAACCCCUCUUUCAAUCUCCUCAGAAAUCAGUGGAAAAUCAUGAUACCUGUAAAGCAAACAGUCUUAAUUUCAAUCUUGCUAAUGCGCAUGAAUCAUCAAAUAGGUCAUCUUCCUCAAGCAGCAUUCCUUUUUCUUCUCCUAAAGUUGACUGCUACUCAAGUCCUGAACCUCCUAGUAACUCUUCACUUUCUACACCUACCAAAGACUAUCCAGCAUGUCUCUAUAUGCCCACAUCAGGGAUUCACAUCCUUUGCCCUAUUUCUGAAUUGUCAUCAAACAUUAAUCUUCACCCACCACCUGGCGCUCGUUCUUCCUCAGCUUCUCAGAAGCUGAACACUGCAGCUAAUGAUAAUCCACAUACGAUUUUAGUCUCUAAAAAAGCAACCCCAGAUGAAGUAAAUCCUAUUUGCCAACAAAACUCCAAUAAUUUAGAAGAUCCAUUGGAAUCAGAACACUUCCAAUAUUUUCAGAAUGACUGUGCUUUUUCAAAUUUAUUUUGGAAAGAAAGGUGUUCAACUAGCAUGUCUCCCUACAAUGAUGACACACAAAGUAAAGAUAAAAAGCUUUGUAGAAGUAUUUGCCAUCCUAAAGAAAAGGACACUUGCCAUGAUGAGAAGAGUUUCAAUCAGGAUUCCUUCAGUUAUACCCGUGAAAGGCUUGAACAUUUGCAAACUGAUACUUUGGGAAGGCUGUCUGCCUCUAGCACACAUGCAUGGCAUAAUAUCUUUUCUUUCAUUCCACACAGUCUCUUCAGAAGCCAGAAAAAAGAUGGUUGGCCUUUCAUGCUGAGAAUUCCUGAGAAAAAGAAUAUGAUGUCAUCUCGGCAAUGGGGUCCUAUUUAUCUUAAAGUUGUACCUGGAGGCAUUUUACAAAUGUAUUAUGAGAAGGGCCUCGAAAAACCUUUCAAAGAAUUCCAGCUCCAACCAUACUAUAAACUGUCAGAACCCAAGCUAGAAAACUGUAGUGUUUCAGGAAAAAUCCAUACCGUGAAGAUUGAAUAUGUGUCUUAUUCAGAAAAAAGAAAAUACCAUCCCAAAGCAGAAGUGAUCCAUGAACCAGAGGUGGAACAGAUGCUAAAGUUGGGAACCAUGGAUUACAGUGACUUCACUAACUUCCUUGAAACAGUUGAGGAAGAGUUCAUGAAUCUUCCUGCCAUUUGUAAACAAAAGAGAAAUUAUGAGGAACAAGAAAUGAUACUAGGAAUAGUGGAUAAGUUUUGGGGAAAAAUCACUAAAGCAGAAGGAAAACUUGUAGAAAGUGCUGUCAUCACACAUAUUUAUUGUAUGUGUUUUGUGAAUGGCAAUACUGAAUGCUUUUUGACUUUAAAUGAUCUAGAGCUCCAGAAAAGAGAUGAACAGUAUUUUGACAAAGAUCGGGAGAAGAAAUGGAUUCAUAUUCUUGAUUACCAUUUCCAUAAGUGUGUCAAAACACAAGAAUUUGAGCAAUCCAGAAUUAUUAAGUUUACACCCCUGGACGCCUGUAGAUUAGAACUAAUGCGCUUCAAGACACUGUAUAAUGGACAAGAACUUCCAUUUUCUUUAAAGGCUACUGUGGUUGUUCAGGGAGCAUACAUAGAACUUCAGGCUUUUAUAAACAUGUCUUCUACUUCUCUGAUUCCUGUACAUUUGCAUUCCAUGAAAUAUUGUGAAAAUGUCAUGAUACACUUUCCAGUUCCUUUACAGUGGAUCAAAGCACUUUGGACCAUAAAUCUCCAAAGACAGAAGUCUUUAAAAGCAAAAAUGAACAGAAAAACAUGUCUUGGUUCUCUAAAUGAAAUUGAAUCUGAUCCUGUAAUUCAGGUCUCAAUUGGAACAGCAAAAUAUGAAAGUGCCUAUAGGGCUGUAGUGUGGAAGAUAGACAGACUUCCGGAUAAAAAUUCAAGCCCAGAUCAUCCACACAGUCUGUCUUACAAAUUAGAACUUGGAUCAGACCAGGAAAUACCUUCCGACUGGUAUCCAUUUGCUACUGUACAGUUUGUCAUGCUUGACACAUGUGCCUCAGGGACUGAAGUAAAAUCACUGGGCAUAGAAAGUGAUGUUCAACCCCAGAAACAUUUGAACCAGAAAACUUACUACAGCUGCCAGAUUGAAAUUGAAAAGAAGUGGAUCAGGCUUGAUGGAGAAGACCCAGAUAAGGCUAGCAACUGCCUAAUGCAGUAAAAGGAACAAGAGCCACUGAAAUACAUGGUCAUGUGUUCUUUAAAUAUGAAAGCAAUGGAAGAAAGUGUUAGUGAGAAUAAAUUUCCACAGUAAAUAUUGGUAAUUGUAAGGAAAAAUGCAAUUAUCUAGAAUAUGGUAAAUACAACAGCUGAAAAUCCGAUGUUCACAAUGUUUGUAAUGCUUCUAGGUCUGAUACUGUAAAUUGUUAGUCAUUUAAUUAGCCUUAAUUUAAGCCCAGUAUGAGAUUACUGGUGUGAGUAAGGACUGAUUGUAUAGUUAUAGGUUUGCAGGACACAGCCCUUAGUGUACAGAUGUAAUAUAUUUCUCUGCAAAAUAUCCAUUACUUGUGUAUUGUUUCAUGCUCCAUAUUGAGAACUCAUGCCACUAUUCUAAAAAAAUUAAUGUCUGUUGACCAUAUGAAUAUUUAACAUUAAAAACAUCCAAAAUGCUUAUGCACAGGCCAGCAUCUGAAUACGGUGCAGCAGGAUCAACUGCUUAUUUGCUAUUUGUUAAUCUGAUAUGUUCCUCUCCAUGUUGGUAACAACCCAAUCAUACACUUAUUCCUCAAUAUAAGUUUCCACACAGAGUAAGAUAACUUAUUCAGAAAUAACACUCCUAAUUUUCUCCCUUUUUGGGCUGUAAAUGAUGUGCUCAUUGUUUCUUCUAAAAUUGUUCAAUGCGAUGUUCUCAGGCAAAAGGGCAUGACAGUCUUGAUUGAAACUGCCAUACCAAAGUGAGGUUAUAUUAUUUCAGUGCUUCCUAGAGUGACCCUAGGCUGACCCUCAGUUGACAUAAAUCAGUGGAGCUCCAUUAAGUUCAAUGCAACUGUGCCAAUUUACACCAGCUGAGAAUCUGGCCUUAUGAGUUGUAAAGGUGGCUAAUCACUCACUAUCUUUGAUUUUGGAUGUUUUUCAAAACUCAACUUUCAGAUAUUAGUUUUCAACUAGAGCCUAUACUAUAUUAUUGCCUUGAACUGUCAGACAGAGGGGAAUGCAAGUGAGAAUUGUCCUUGCAUUGCCAACUACAAGCGUUGGAACAAGAAGUAUAAAAGGAAAUAGUGGUUGUAAUUUUUCAAAGAACAGUGUCAGAUAGAGCUAUUUCUUACACAUCACAGUGUUAAUCAAGUUUUGAAUGUGUUAAUUCAAUGGUUUCCAGCCUGCGGUCCACAGACCCCUGGGGGUCUGGGAUAGUAUUGUAGGGGGUCCCACAUGUGGAGCCUCUUGCAGUCAGCACGUCCUUCAACCCGCAUUGCUUUCUGCAGCUCAGAAAGUAGCAGGGGUUGAAGAAUCUGCUGGCUGCCAGCACGCAGCCUCUCAGCUGAGAGGCCCUGUGCUGGCAGCCAGCAUGCCCUUCAGUCCAUGCUGCUUCCUCAGCAGGCUGAGGGAUGCUGUUUAGGAAGCAGCGUGGGCUGAGGGAUGUGUUGGCUGCAGGCACAGCUAUAUUGUUUAGGGGUGUGUAUAAAAUUUUAAUAAACUGAAAAGGGGUCUGCAUCCUUGAAAAGGUUGGGAUCUACUAUGUUAACUGAAGCAUCUUCCUGCCUUCUUUCAUACUCUAUCCCUUUUCGAUCUAUCAGUUUGUUGGACUAUGAGGCUAGAAGAGAAUCUCAUUAAUUCAAUAAGCUGGGGGGUUUGCUAUGGCUUCUUUAAAAGUAUCCUUCCUUAGAACCUAAAUUGUUUCAGAAUAAAAACAUAAAAAAUACACUAAAUUCACUUUAUAUUUUGUCACUGCUGUAACUCUAGGGAAAUGGACUAGAAAUUCAGAGAAGUAUAUUUCCCCAAAGUGGAAGUAGUAAAGAUAGAGUGUGAAAAAACUAUUAAAACAGAAGUCCAUAUCAUAAACCCAGUUCAGGACAACUGACUUUAUUCCUCAGUUUGAAGCUGAGACUGAAAUGGAUAAUAAAUUCUUCUCUACAUCCCAAAGUAUGUUUUAGGUGUACAACAUUACAUCUAUUAUGGUAUUUUUAGCUACUUUAUAAAUCACAUAUUAUUAGCUAAUUGUGUUAUAAUUUCAAGUGAGCAUUACAUUGAAGUACAGUGUUGCAAACAGUUUCUCAGACGGUGCAUACACAUUUUGACUUGAAAAGCUAUUAACACCUUCAAGUCAUAUUCAUGUUUAAAUAAAAUUAAUCCAUUUGUCAUGUUCAUAUUUAAUUUUGGUUUAGUUAGUUAUCUGUUAAAUUAAAUGGCACAAGUAUACUCUAGGACAGCAUUUAUUUGCUUGGCUUAUUGAAACAGAAUACUGCAAUUCACAUUGAUCUGUUAUAAACAUUGAGCUACAAUAAACAUUAACCUCUUCCUGAACAGAAAGAUAUAUGAAGCAAAAUACACUUCCACCUAGGUCCAUAGCAUGGCCACCAGCACAACAAGUCAUUCUCGUAAGGAGGUAACUUUGCUGAAGCUCUUUUGAACUGACCAUGUCAACGUCAAGUUCAGAAACACUCCUAAGUCCCUCAAAGUUUGUCCCUUUCAGUGCAAUGCCUUGACCAUUAGUCCAUUUUCUGCCUUUGCAGCUAGGAACUGCAGUUCUUUUUCUGGUCUCUGAAUUCGCUACCCUUAUCUUGGUUUGGCUACAGGGCCUUCCUCCUUCCUUCUGAUCCUUGGCCUCUAGCACCUCAUCUGUGAUACCAUCACAGACCUGAUCAAUGUUUGUCAUAUCAUUUGCUUGCUAUGUCAAAUGAUCUGUCUAAAAGGCAAUGGGUAGCACUGGGGCUUCAACUAGCUUGGUCCUUCAGAACCAAACAUACAGUUUUCCCUAGCUUAAACUGCCUGCAGCUAUUCCAUAAGUCUCCCUGUUGGUGAUUUCACCUUGCAUCUGCUAUGGUGUAAAAGAGAAUUGGGCCCUAAAUUUCUAGUUGAUCCAUUCAUAACAAAAGAUCAAUAUAUACAGCCUUGUGCAUCACAAAAUCUUGGAUCUACAGCUGGAGCCUGUGAGUCUCCCCAUUGACUUUGAUAAGAAUGGGAUUGGGAUCUUGCUAAAUUAGUUCCAAAUUAAUAUAUCUAUGUGGAAAGAAAUGUAGUCUGCUUCAUGAAAAGUUAUUACAUUUUAAAUCUGAUCAUUAAUUCAGCCAAAGGCUAAACAGUUUCAAAUUGAUGGUUAUAUUUAUAUACAAUGUUUUAGAAUAGGGGUGGGCAACAAGUUUUUCAAGAAUGUUAAGUGGUCAUGGGCUGCAAUUUUAUAUUAAGGGAGCAGAUGUGGGGUCUGGGAUGAAGUUUGGGUGUGAGAAAGGAUUCUGACCUCGGCAGGCAUGUCGGAGGUGGGACAGGGUGCUGGAGUGCACUUGGUCCAGAAGGAUGUUCUGACCUAAGGCAGGAAUGUAGGAGGGGGUACAGAAUCUAGGAGGGAGUUUGGGUGCAGGGUUGGGUGUAGAAGGGGCGUGAGGUGAGGGUAUUGGCCCUGGCCGGGAGGUGCUUAACAUUGCUGUCAGCUAGGUGCCACCUCAGUGGGACACUCAUGCUAUGGUGGUUCCAUACUGUUCAAAGCCCCCUGGUUACUGCUGGCAAACAGGUCUCUGUGUGCCCCUUGCGGAAAAGGGGACACCAGAUCUCCGUGUGUUGCUUGCACCUGCAAGCAUUGCGCUUGCAACUCCUAUUGGCCAGAAACCAUUGUUAAUGUAAAUCUUUGACAAAAUGGGAGCUGGGUUUGGGUUUAUAACAAAAAAUAGUAUUUAUGGACAAAGAAAUGCACAGCAGAACAUUCUUGGUGCUUGUAAAUAAGCAGGAUAUCCAUGUAGCCACCCUCUAAUAACUGUAGAAGGUUCUCUAUCUGCCAUUGCUGUUGCCCUUUCUAGAGAGGAAUAUGACAAUACAUUCCAUUUAAGUGUAGUGCCAAGCAUAUUUGUUGCAUAUUUCUAGAUUAUGCAACAUUAACUGUUCAAAGCUGAUAAACAUUUGCACAAAAAAUAUAUAUGCUUUCAGGUAUUCCUUUUAGUUAAGCCAACUUGACAUGACAUAAUACUCAAGUUAUAUAGUAACUGGUAUGGAAAGUACCAGUUUCCAUUUAUCUGUAUUUGUCUUUGUCUACCAACAGCUAUAACUAAUUACUGAUAUUAGGCAAGAUUCAGCUAUCAUUUUUAUACUUUCUAAAUCACUACAAAUCAGUAUUAUGCUUAAUUCAGAAUUUAAUUUUGUUCUGUCAGUAUGAAUGCAAAACAAAUCAAGCUGAUAAUCUUAUAACAAAAUAUUGUACAUUGCAUAUUAACUUUCUAAAAUUAAAGUUCUAUUUCAAACUGUUUCCCUUAAUUGAAUAUUU